AUGGAGAAAGUAUUUCGUGAAUUAUAUAAACCGACGGAGAAAGAUAUUGAAUUGUUGAAUGAUUUCUGCUCAGAGAUUCAUUACAAUACAGAGAUGACGAUUGAUCCACGAGCCUCCUCCGAGCCGAUCCUUCUCAAGAUUUUCCCUUAUGCUGUGCAUUUUCCUGUGGAUUUCCAACCGAGUUGCAGUUAUCAAGAUGCUUUUCCAUUCUACGAGUCGUUGAAAGAUCCGAAUAUUGAGAAUUUCAAGAACCCGAAGAAUUUCCCGAGAUUGACGCCAGAGAAAUCACGCCCCGAAUUCUCUCUAUUACUUCAAGAGGAAGAGCAUCCAUUCGUAUUCCUCCCAUCUGGUGUGGCAGUGCGAUUGGGAAUCAAUAAUGUGAAUUUCUGGCGCGGCGAAAUGCCAGCCGAGCGGAAUCCUUUCAAUCUCCGUUUGGGUGAUGUCGUUUGGGCUCCAUGGCCACGAAAAGGCAAAAAGGAAUACUGGGCAGCGUAUAUCUUCAACUUUCAAUUACUCGACGUUGAUCGAGAUGGGCACAGUAAAACGCUGUUGUCACAAACGAAAACAGUGCAGGGACACGAUAAUGUUGUUUGCGCUUGGCUAUCGGAACACGGUCAAUACUUGUACAGUCUAGUGCCUUAUCGAGAGAUUCGUCCGUUUGACACCGCUUUUCAUAUAAGAUAUGAGGCCAAGGAAAAGAAAGAGAAAUGGUGUAAGAAUGUGGCACAGGGAAUUGUCGCUACAGGAAAGCUCGGAUAUUGGGAAGAUUUAAUCAGCACAAGAGUUCUCUCGUAUCUCGAGAAAAUGCCUCAAGCAAAACCUCUAUUGAAUGCUUUACCCAAAGAAGUUUUUGACUCAAUCAAAAGUGGAAAUAGAACGAGUUUCCCCUCAAAGAAAGGAAAUCAAUCAGAACAGCAGAAACGAUUGCUCAACGAUAAACUCCUUUAUCGUUGCUAUGAAGUGGCUUUCGAGGGACGCUUUGGAUAUCAACCGGAUAUCUUUGAUAAUAUUGACUGUGGCCAGAAGUUUGUACAUGAUUUGUCUCUUGUAGUGACAACGACAGUUCUUCUCGGCGAUCUUUCGAUUCGACCUCCCCUCUUCAUCCAAAUACCAAAACGAUUGAAAGGGAAUGAUGAAGAACUCUUGAAAUACUUGCACGCUCUCAAAAGUGAUCCGCCUCCUGAUGCGGAUGUGAAAUUGUAUCCAGCUUACCCAUGGCUUCACACCACUCCCAUUGACUCGAAACCCGAUGAGCAUUGUUGUCUUACUGCGUCUCCAGUUCAUCUUUGUAAAUACGAGGAAACCCUUGUCGAGGAAAAAGAAAUGCGAAAAACUGAAGAUACUCUAGAGAAAGCGUCACUUUCACAAGCAGAUUGGCUGCUGGAAAGGUUGACGUUAAAAAGAACGCAUCAAAUUCUUUCAUCUCCUCAAUGGCCUCCACCCCCAACCGGCAGUGCGCGUCUCCUUCAACUUCACCUUAAACCCUCUUGGUUUAAAUUGUUCGAUCCGUUU